AUGAUUUAAAUGGAUGUAAAAGAGAAAAAGAUGUAUAAAUUUCCCACAUUGUCAUAAAGGCAAAUGGAUUUAUUAACAAAACUACUCUCUUAAUAAGAUCGAUAAAAUGCUUUACCUAUAAUUAACGCAUUGACUGGCAAUAAUGGAGCAUAGUUAAGAGGUUUAGACACAGCAAUUUCUGCGUUAGAUAAAAACCAUAGAGAUAUGUUUUUUUAGUAUGUGCUUCCAAAAAUGGCUAAAUAUGCUUUGGAUAUGUUAGAACUAUCUCCGAAAAAAGAGUUGUUAAUUUCUGAGGGCUCUAUUGACUUCACAAGAAAAGAAAUUUAUCAAUUCUUAUCAUUAUCAUUCUUUGGAUUAUUGGUGACACAAGAUGAGAAAUUCCCAGAUACUUACAAUUUAGGACAUAUCCUACAAACGGAUGCUGAAAAAUCUAAGUGUUACCUUUAUUAUUUUAUUAUGGCUAGUCCAGAUUUGGAAAACGAGAUCAUUACAGUAGAAAGGAUAGCUUUUAAUGCCGAUUAUCACAUUAAUCAAUUCUUUCCAAAUUCUUAAGCUAAAAUACUAGAGGAUGCAUAAUUAUGGUCAAAUUGUGAGAAAAGCCUUUAAACAAUUGAAUUUGUAGAUUAAAAAAUAGAAGAAUAAUAAAAUAGUAUUCUAGUUGAUUUUGCAAAUAAAUAUGUUGGAGGAGGUGUAUUGAGUUAUGGCUGUGUUUAAGAAGAAAUCUUAUUCACAAUAAUGCCAGAAAACAUAAUAGCAGUAUUGUUUUGUAAAGUGUUAGACUUUCAUUAAGUAGUGAUCGUAAAAAAUACUAUUAGAUAUAGUGACUAUGAAGGGUAUGCAAAUAGCUUUCGCUUUGUGUAAAGAUAGCCUAAAAACAUGAAUCAGAAUAUUCUAGUUUUGGAUGCUAUCAAUUACAAAAAUAACCCUGAUAAAUAAUUCCAACAAAAUGAAAUCAUGCGAGAGAUAAACAAGGCCUUCAUCGGAUUCUCAUUAUCUCAAUCGGCAAAGGAAGAGGAGUUCUUAUAUCCAAUAUCAACUGGAAAAUGGGGUUGUGGAGUCUUUAAAGGGAAUACUCAAUUGAAAACAAUUAUUCAAUUACUUGCUUUCAGUGCCUCAACGAAGUCUGAGAAUUAAAAAAGAAGAAUGAUAUUUUCUACCUUCAAAGAUAAGCAAUUACAGUUUAUCAAGAAAGAUGUGGAUCACAUAAUUGGGAAGUACAAAACUGUGGGUAAACUGUUCUCGUAAUUAAUGAAAGUCACUCCAAAAUAUGGAGUGUUUGAGUUUUUAUUAGGUCAGAAAUGA